GUUACAUCAUGUCUAUCGCUGCACCUUAGUAUCCCGGUUUGAACUUCUCCACCGAGACCCGAUGGCAUCAAGGGGAUUUUGCGCGUUGACUGACUAAGGCUCGCUUUAAUAAUAUUUAGGACUCACAUGUGAGAAUAGUAAAAAAUUAAAAGGGGGGAAACAAACUACCUGGGUGAAGACUGACCAUGAGAUGAAGAUCAUAUUAUGCUCACGCAAAAGUAUUGACUGAAGCAGUUGAGGGCACAAGGACUCAAUUUAUGACAUGACCCAGUCCUGGCCUUACCAGCAGCCCACAGGAGAAGGGAGCACUCAGCACUUCCUGUAUUCACACUCCAAGUUUGUGUGUCGAUGGAGGCUGAUUUGGUUUAUUCUGAUUCUGUCACAGGAGGGAAAACAGGACAAUUUGCGGCAAAGACAUGUGAGGGAUGGUGUCUCUGUAAGGAUGCCCUCACGCCCAUACGUGGCCCCUCACAAAUCCAUGCUCGCUGAUGACCUGAAGCUCAGCAGUGAUGAAGAUGACAGGGACGAGGGAAGUGAGCAAACAACUUCCUGGGCGGAUAAUGACCGCUUGUCAGGCCUGCAGAGGCACACACACACACAUGGCGGAAGGGUGAGACAUUCUAGCUCAGGGUCUUCAGGAUCAGACUCCUCCAGUGAUUGGGAAAGCAACAGCCAGCGAUCACGUAGCCCAAGCCCAAGAACGCACGCCCAGUGCAGGACACCAACCCAACAGCAGACCCCAAACUGCAGUACAGAGGUGGAGAGUCCACCGUCCACACAAUGGCAGCUGGACAGGUGGCUUGAGAAAUUCCCUAAAGAGCCUCAUUCAACUGACCACGAUCCCGGAGGAGGACACCGCCUGAGUGCAAAAUCUUGCAGAGGACCAUCUCCGGGAAGAUACUGGGGAAGAGACCCUGAGUCAAGACAGGCUUACAGUCCAAGCGAAAGUCCAGUACCUAGUCCAAGAUUUGACUAUAGCCCCAGGAACAGUCCUUGCCCUAGCCCUGAUUAUAGUCCAUGCCCCAGUCCAGGAAUUAGCUUUGUGCCAAGCCCAGUGCCAAGUGUGUGCCCAAGUCCAGGAGACAGCCUCAGAACGAGUCGUAGUCCCAGCCCUUUACCUCUGAACCCUCCCAGAAGCCCCAGUCCAAAUCUCUCAUGCACCCCAGUACAGAGACAACCCUGCAGUACAUAUCCUCAGGUUCAGCAUCCUCAACAGGCAAGUCCUAGGCAUAUUGCACAGCCAGCAGUUGUCUCUGAUCCAGCACAUCGUCCCAAAGUCAGGCCAUGGGUGCCUCCGGACCAUAGCACUGUCAAGAGGAAAGAGUCUAAACCCAAAGACUCUAGAUCCAGAGACUCAAGACCUGGUCCUCCCCAACAGCUUAAUUCCAAACACAGCACAACAGCAAAGUCACACAAAGACCUCACACACAAGUCUGAAGCCAAAAGCUCUGAAUCCACUAGCAAGCAAAGGUAUAACCAAGCUUCUAACCCAGUUCCAAAGCAUCAAUCCAAGCUCAACUCUAGACCAAGCCUUAGCCCAAAACAACAAGCCAGACACUCUAUAACUGACCAUAGUAUUGAACAUAAUCACAGAAACGGUGAACCUACAGGAGUAUCAAUCCACAGUUCAACCUCCAAAUUGGGGAAUUCAUCCCAUUUCAGUACCUCUAAGAGCUCUGAACAUGGUCCAACAUUAAAAUCCAGGGACUCAUCCCAAAGCGACGUGACAGGUCGAUCUAGUCACAGCAACAACCCCAGCUCGAAGUCUAAAUCUUUCCCUGAUCCCAAACUAUCCGGCUCUAAACCAAGCUCCCGACUGAGUGCCAGUCCGAAGCCUAGGGUCAAACUCCCAGAAGACGUCCCAGAGCCCAGAACUGGGCAUUCUCAAAAAGAGCCAAAGUCCAGAGAGAGAGAACGGGAGGUCAACAGCCGAGGCAAGGCCCAGGGAGUGACCCUGGUGCCGACCGGCAAGGAGCAGAAGCAAAGGAGACUGGCGGAGGAGCAGCUAAUAAGGCGACGCUGGGUUCGGGGUUCUGAGGAAGAGGAAGACGAGGAAGAUAGGAGAAUCGAGGAAGGGGAAAGAGAGAGGAAAAGGAGAAGGAGGAGGGAGCAGGAAGCUCAAUGGCAGGCAGUGCAGCCAAAGCAAAGACCUCAUACAAACAGCGAGCAUCACCCUCAAGUGGAAUUCAACCAACUCAACUUUGAGGAGCAGAGGAGGACGAAGAGAAGGCAGAGUAAAGAGGACAUUUCUUCACAUCCUAAUGUGACAGACUCUAGCCCUUCUCCUCCACUCUCUCCACCCUCUCCUACUCCUGUCAUCCAGCCCAAACAUCCAUCCUCUUCCUCUUCUUCAUCCUCAUCCUCAUCAUCUUCAUCAUCUUCCUCUGAGACAGACUCUGAGUCUAGUCCACCCCGGAACAUUGCCAAAGUCCCUGCAGAUUCAACAUCAAACCAAAAAAAGAGGGGGCACAAAAAACAGGGCACAAGUACAGGUGCUCACCCCCACAGGCCGAGCUCAGGCACCACAGAGGCAGAUAAACGAGGUCGGCGGAAACACAAACUCUACACGCUGGUUCCUUUCGGCCGUUCUGAAAAUUCCCCCACUGUCUCGCAUCGAGGCCUGAGAAAUCUAGUAGUGAGGAUAGACCUCUCGCUCCUGGGCAGAGUUCCUAAUGCAAAUGAGAUUAUAGAGAGACGGUCCUCGUCUUCAUCUUCAUCAUCAGGAAAGUCAAAAGAAAAGACAUCGAUGAGGCAUCUGCACCACUCUGAGCAACUGCUGGGAGAUGGCAGAAGUAAAAGAAAAGCUGAGAAUGGAGAGGCUCAAAGAGAGACUAAGAGAACUCACUCUCAUACAGACAAGCUUCCUGUGGCAAUGAGUAGAGUGACUGAGGAAACCAGCUCUGACAACAAACAAAAUGGAUAUCAGGAAGAUUGCUUUUACACCAAGAGGCCAGUGUCCCCAUUGUCUCCUCCACCUGACGUAUUGGAGCUUUCAAAGCCCUCAGUGAAUGCUCAGCAUGCAGAGAAGUACCACACACUCACAGAAAAAGACAGAGAUGCUACAACACAGAAAACACAGGUCCAGAAGAUGCAGCCCAAGGUAGAGGUGGAGUGUGUGGGGGUAUCAGAACACCCACAGCCUCUCUCUGGCUCCCGAGUUCCUCCCCCAAACCUUCCUCUUCACAACAGAGGAACUGUGCCUAUCAGUGACAUCUCUCAUCAUGCUGAGUACUACAUGCAUGAGGCCAAGAGGUUGAAACAUCGAGCAGAUGCAAUGGUGGAUAAGUUAGGGAAAGCUGUGAAUUAUGUGGAUGCUGCUUUGUCCUUUAUGGAGUGUGGUAAAGCCAUGGAAGAGGGACCACUAGAGUCCAAGUCCCCCUACACCAUGUAUGCUGAAACUGUGGAGCUCAUAAGAUACGCUAUGAGACUGAAGAGUCACGCAGGCCCUGGAGCCAGUCAGGAGGACAAGCAGCUGGCGGUACUGUGUUUCCGCUGUCUUGCUCUCCUUUAUUGGCAAAUGUUCAGACUUAAGAAGGACCAUGCUCUGAAAUACUCUAAAGUCCUGCUAGACUUCUUCAAGAGUUCUCCAAAAGCACCUCACAAACCCCCUCCCUGGAACGAUGCUGGAAAGGGAGCUGUACCUAGUGCCUCUAUUUGCUCUGUCAACAUAAUGGGAUCUCACACAGGCAGCUCACCGAGCAAUGUAAUCAGCAUUCCCCAGCGAAUCCACCAGAUGGCAGCAAACCACCUCAAUAUCACCAACAGUGUACUGUACAGUUAUGAGUACUGGGAGGUGGCUGAUACCCUGGCCAAGGAAAAUAAGGAAUUUUUUAACUAUCUGAACACACUGACUGGACCCUUGACUCUGCAUAGCAGCAUGGCCCAUAUCGUCCAGUAUACCAGACAAGGGCUCCAGUGGAUCCGGAUCAGCGCUAAUCUAUCAUAAUACCAUGUACAGACACACUCAAACUUCACAAAUCACUUGUGAAAGCAAAUUCCUAAAGCCAGAUUACCAAAUAAUACUACAGUUACCUGCACUCUGUGACCAAGAUGUCGGAUCUAGGGUUAAGACAAGUUAAGGUCAGACAGUGCUAAAGCAAAGUGCCCCCCUCAUAUUCAUGAGAGGCAUCAUGCCAGGACUGGGUAUUGAGGAGUGGACAUCCAUGAUUUACCCUACCAAGCAUUAAGUGUGGGAAUAUCCACACCAUGUCAGAAAUAAUAACGUUUUCCUUGGUCAUGCAGUUCUUAGCACUUCUUUAGAAAUCCUUAACUUACUGGAACUGUAAAAAGUUAAAAUUGUCAGCUGAUUCCUCAAAUGCUGCUUCUCCCUAAUGUGCCACAAUUUUGUAUUAGAAAUAAUAAGAAUUCAUUUUUUGAAGUAGUCUGUAUUCAUUGUUGAAGCCAUCUUUACUGGAUUGAUAUGAUUUUUUAUAACAAGGUGUUGCAUCAAGCUAAUAAUCGUUUUAAAUGAGCCUUUCAUCAUUUAUUUUCUGACAAUCAGUGCAUACAUGAAGUCUCUUUAAAGCACUGUGGAUGUUAUUAAUGUUCUGCUGACUUUUUUUAUGAAGUUCUUUGUGCAAUAAGUCAGUUUUUUUUUAUUUAUUUUUUUUUUUUUUUAACACGUGAGUGUCAUGUAGAUGUUUUGGUGCUGUUUUUCAAUAAUCAUCAUAAAGUUAUGUACUCAGUCUAUGCAAGACUAUUUAUUAAAUUGUUGUAAAGUUUGAACUGUAAGACAGAAAAGAGCUAAAUCGGCCCUUUUUUAAUUAAAGUGUUUUUACAAAGUAUUGUGGUGGUGCUGGUGGUAAUGUUAAUGAUGUUGAUGAUCAUAUACCUUAUUUACGCUAGCGCCAUCUUUGAUUUUUAAUGGGAAUGACAACGAGGCUC